AUGGCUCGACGUUAUGAUACUCGCACAACAAUUUUCUCACCAGAAGGUCGACUUUACCAAGUGGAAUAUGCAAUGGAGGCUAUAUCCCAUGCGGGUACUUGUCUUGGUAUUUUAGCCUCUGAUGGUAUCCUUAUUGCUGCCGAGAAACGGAACGUACAUAAGUUGCUUGACGAUGAAGUUUUAACUGAAAAAAUUUAUCGGUUGGCAGAUAAUAUUGCGUGUACGGUUGCGGGAAUCACAGCCGAUGCUAACAUUUUGAUAAAUCAUCUAAGAUUUUGGGCAGCAGAUUACAAGUAUAGCUAUGGUGAGCAUAUUCCUGUUGAGCAAUUAGUGCAGACGCUUUGUAAUGAGAAGCAGCGCUAUACACAAGUUGGAGGAAAACGACCGUUUGGCGUUUCACUUCUCUAUAUGGGUUGGGACCAGCAUUUUGGAUACCAGCUUUAUCAAUCCGAUCCGAGUGGCAAUUAUACCGGUUGGAAAGCAACAUGCAUAGGAAAUAAUCAUCAGGCUGCCGUAUCGCUUCUAAAGCAGGAAUACAAAUCACCCGACUUGGUUGAAGCUAAGAAAUUGGCCAUGAAGGUCUUGUCAAAAACUUUAGACGUGAAAUUAUCGGCAGAAAAAAUUGAAAUGGCAACACUAACACGACGCAACGACAAAACAGUGGUGGAGAAUUUGACAAGUGCUGAGGUCUCACAGUUGAUUAAAGAGCAUGAAGAGAAAGAAAAAGAGCAGGAGGCGCAGCAGUCUGCUUAA